AAAGUGAAGCCGCCUGCAACGUGUCGGUCCAGUUCGUCCUUUCCAGUGCCUGCCUCUCCCCCCCCCCUCGGUUUUCUUUGGUCCAGGGACAAUGGGGUUUUUCAAGUGGAGGCUACGUUGGGUGAUCUUCCUUUCCUGGCUGCAGGCGUUGAGAGGGGGUGGCUUCCUCAUUAAAAAUGCCCGCUUGGAAAAGUGCCUCCACGCCUCCUCGCACGAAGCAGAGAAGGUGGGCCUGGCCGACUGCAAGCCCCAUUCCCCCUACUACCAGUGGCGCUGGGAGGCAGCCGCCCGAACCGUCGUCAACCAGAAGACCGGGGAGUGCUUGGCCAUCUCUGACCCCCAAGAAUUCGCUCUGGCCCAGCUGGAGACCUGCGGAGAGGCUGCCGGGACGCACCAGGCCUGGGUGUGCAGCCGAAAGGGCCACCUGACUUUGCCGGGCUAUGGCCUCCACCUCAGCACGAAGCCCGGGGGCCACAAGGCCUUCCUUUCCCGAGAGAAGGACAAGUUCAGCCGGUGGAAGACGGCUGGGGAGGGAACCGUCUGUGCUGCGGAACUCCACCCGGGGAAUGCUGGACUCGGCGACCCUGUGGUGGAAUCGCGCGAUGCCCUGGUGUGGAUCCCCGAAAGUAAGCCAAGAGGGAUGCGCUUGCCGCCACAGACGGGAAGCGCGUUCCCAUCCGAAGUAUUCGUUCCAUAGGAGAUGAGCGAACGGGUGCCUCUAACCUUUAAGAGCAAAUGUUUUCAUCUCAUGCUUUACUUCCCCCUCAUUCCACUGCCACCAAACAGCCCUCACCCCCC